UCAGGCCGGAUUGAAUCAUUAGGCUGGGUAGCGGGCACCAGAUCAUCAGGCUGGAUAGGAUCACCAGGCUGGGAUCAUCAGGCUGGGUAGCGUACGCUGGGUCAUCAGGCUGGAUAACAGAAGGCGGGUUCUCAGACGGCAGGCUGACCGAUUCGAAUACUGGCAGGAUGGUAAUGGUUGGAAAGAAUUUUUCGCUUCUUCUUGGUUUUAGUUUACUAAAGCACUGUAAGUACAUGCAGGUCUGUAAACGGAGGAAGCAGCUGAAGACAGAGAAGAGCUGCAGGAUGGAACAGAGGAGGGAGCAGUUGCUACAGAGGGGCUUUUUUACAAGGUUAAAGGCAGGAUAGGUGCAGCGAGUGGGAACAG